UUACUUUUAAGGGUGACAACUCUCCAGACUAUAAAACAGGAGUAUUUUAUGCAAUGCAGAUUUGUCUCCCUUAGCUACACACUUUUCUUACACAACAUGAUACAUUUGUAUUUCUCUUUUAUAUACAUAUGAUUCAGGUAAGAUCACUAAAAUUAUCCUUGCUAAUCCUAUCGAAAAUUCAAAUAAAAUGUAAAAGGAUUUAAAUAUAAUAAUAUGCCAAAAUGUUCCACAGUUUAAAUCAUGGAUGUAAAACAAUGGUGUGUGAUUGAUCAAAUUAACAAGGAAACCUUAGGCAUUGUACUUUAACAUUACAUAUAAUAUUAAAAUAACAUACUACAGGGGUUUUAAAGACACUAGGACAUUAUAUCACAUAUGCAGUGUUUUUGUUACGGUUACUAAUGAUAUAAAACAAGUUAUCUUUUAUUUAGGAUGUUAAAGCAAGUUUUGGCCCUUACUUUUGCUAUGUCUGAAUUAAAUAAAAUGUACCCAACCUUAUGAAUAUCUGUUGAUUUAUCAAAACCAUUACAAAGUCUGUUUACCGACCUAAUUGAUGGUUAUAGCCUAUACGUAGAGAAAUUUCUCUGUGAAAAAAAUGAUAUCGGACAUUGAGUUUAAUGGUCAUUUGUCCAGCAUGUAACCACUUAUUAAGUUCUAGACCAUGUUGGGUAAGUAGUCAGUCGGUCACUCGUGGGGUUAAUUGGUUGUAAUUACCACAGAUGGCAGUAUCAGUGUUUGGACACCCCUAUCUGCCCCUGGACCCCUACUACAACCCUAAAAAAUAAUUCAAUUUGGCUCGUCCAAUCACAUCGCGUAUUUCAACACAGGUAUCAGACUGCAAAAUGGCAGCGACAAUUCAAAAAAUAGCGUGAGACAGAAAAAAAUCGGAAUGAUAUUGAUAUUCGUUGGACUUGAAUUAAUUAAGUUGUGGAAUUCAAGUUCUUUUUAUUGAUGUUAAUGAAUGAUGCAGCGAAAUCCCGCCGGAAUGCGCCUCAGUCGCCGAAAAGACGAUUUCCCGUGUUCCACAUUGUUUGGCUAACAUAUAGUAGGCUUUUCACCUUUCUGUAACUAUAAUUUUGAGAUAUGACCAAAACAUGUGUUAAAAAGCAUAAAACAACAGAAAUAACAAUUAAGUGUAAUGUUUAUUUGAUUGGGUUUUAUGUCACACCGACACAGUAUAGGUCAUAUGGCGACGUUCCAGCUUAAAUGGUGGAGGAAGACCAUAUGUGCAUUUUUUUUCAGGCACGAAGAAGUACCUGAGUGGAACCCCCAACGUUCCGUAAACUAGCUGGAUAGCUUUCUCACAUGAACAAAUCCAAAGUCCCAAACGCAUAGCGGUGAGGGGCAAGUACUUUGAUGUCAACGACCUUAACCACUCAAAAUUUGUGAAAAGCUCGACCAUGAUGGGCUGUUUGAAAGGUAUCGACAAGGUAAUAACCUAUUGGUAGUAGUCAGAUCCUAAUGCGUAGCUGUAAUUAGGAGCUGAUUUUAAUCAGAUUGGUGUUUAAUCAAUCAGGCACAAAAUAUUAUGACAACACAUGUGUUCUAGUACUUGCCAUAUGUUAUUGAUUUAAAUAAAAAUCGAACUGACUUUAAGAUAUGAAACAUAUUUGUAAACAUAAACGAUCACUAUCGGAACCAUGUUUUGAUUUCGUUCUAAUGCCGACUUAAUCCUUUUUGGCAUGGUUCUAGCUUGAAGAGGAAAGGAUUUUUAUAUGAAAUUUUGGACUAUUUGUCUGAUUGCUUUUUUAGAACAGUAUGUUUUAACACUGUAUACUUUUUCAUUAUACGUUUAUCUAAUUGAAACUUGCAUAUAAAUUACUUAUAACUUAUUCAUAUUAUAUUUGUGAAGUGCAUCUAUUUUAAAAGAUAUUUUGUUGAUCUUUGAGUUAAUUGAUAGGGGUAUUCUAUUCUGCGUGAUUCUUUAACUAGUAGUCUUUUUACCUUUAAUUUACAGACGACGACUACACUUUUAGGCAUGGAUGAAGAAGAUAAUGACAUCACAUCUUAAUGACGUCAAUAUGGGGAUUCUCGGAUACAAAAGUAUUUUGAAGUCGGUUAUAAGAUGUCAGAUUCAUCAUUUGGUAGAGCAAUUGGCAGCAAACACUGACGACGAAUCGAUAUUUCUGACAGCGAGCGUGUCUGAUGGCACCCUCAGCCAUCUUGGUUCUGAAACUGGUAAAGAUUUUCUGAAGAAUCACGAGGAUAUAAAACUACAAUUUCUUGGAUUUUGUUUGCAAAAUCACUAUGAAAAGAAACUUGAAUUACAACGUCAAGAAAAUGAAUCUUUUUGUCAAGAAACAUCCUUUCCAAAUAAUGGUUUAGAUGAGAACGAAAUAUACACAGCAACUAAGUGUUACAUACCAACAGGACUGAACAUAAUUGAUAAAGUAACACCAAAUUCAUCAUCUUUAAAAUCACGGACAUCAUCGCCUCAUAUUAGAUUUGAACCUUAUGUAUUCCAAAAACAUUCGGGAAGAAAACAAUUCAACAACUAUCAAGGGGAGGUAAGAAACCACGUCUUUGGAAAGUCUGCAUUUAAUAUUCCUUCAACUAGUUGGUCUAAUGAUGGAGAUUUCAAUGAUCAAGAGUCUAGCAGUGACACAUUUGAGACACAUGCCAAUUUCCAUGUGUCUAAAGUAAAGCCAAAUGUUCCACCGUCGAUUAAAACAGAUCAAUGUAAUUCAAUAACUUCAAACAAUUUACCCGUAUCAAAUCUCAAUGACUUCGGCCAUCCUUUAAAAGGAAAGGUAGAACAUUCUGAAGAAAAAACAAAUGUUAACUCAAGUGACAAUGAUAUAAAUUCAGAACGUGAAAAUAAAAACGACACAAAUAAGUAUACGCACACUAAAGAAUGGCAAAAUUUUGUAUUUACAUCAAGUAUAAAGACAAAAGAACCUAUGAUCAAAGAUCACAACGAAAAGACGGAAUCAUCAAAUAUCAAAAGUAGUAAAUCGAGACCCGACAUGCAAGAAGUAAUUGAAAAGUUACAUUUGCAAAACUCUGUCGAAAAUAUCCAAAAUAAAUCAAAUAUACAUAAGAGAGGAAAUAAGAGUUCGAUGACGAAUUCGAAUAUCCAUAGAAGAAGCACAAGUUUGGAUUCUAAAGAAGACAGUAAAGGGUCAUAUGAACUGACCAAAUUAAAAAAUGCUACAGACGAACACAAAACUUCAUCUUAUACGUCCAAGCUGCGAAGUUCUAGAUCCCUUUUAAGAAAACAAGAGGUAGAUAAGGCUCUGAAGCUUGCCAAAGCAAGACUAUCAUUGAAAAAAGGAAGCAUUGAUCAAACAAUUAGUUUAGGUGAGUCUCCAGUCGACACUUCUUACUCUGAAACUGACGAAGCUGAAUCAGAAGGAAAUCCUGAGAACAAUAUCGAAGAUAAGAAAACAACUAAUCAAGCAUGGAUUAAAGAUAUACUUUUGAAAAAAUAUAUUAAUGUACCGUCUGGACAUGGAAUGGUGUAUAGUGAAAAGACGCUAAAGACAUCACUUAGUUCACAUGAAUGUAAUUCAGAAUCAGAACCUGAAAUUGUUGCAAUAGAACCAGGCAGUGUUUUUGUAUUCAAAAACAGUUUUGACCAAAUGAAACAAUCAGAUAACGUGAGGCAGAACAAAGAGAAAGUGCUUGUUAAACAUACAAAAAAGACAUGUAAUGAAAAAGCAGCAAAGUCCUCAAGUGGUUGCGACGAGUUUACUCUCCAAAUUACUUCUUCUAGAGAUGGCAAGGAUCGCAACAUAAGAUUAUGUCCUGAAAAGUCAUGUAUUUCAAAGUUGUAUUCAAAUGGACCGUUUGAGGCUACAGAAAAACAACUUUGUGCUACAAUCAAUAUACAGUCACAAGGAGGCAAGAUCGAUGAGCCUCAAGAAGGCAAGAUCGAUGAGCCAGAAAAAAAUAAAUUCGAUAAAUUUAAGAAAAAUAAAUCAGCACCUUGCUUUCCUGAUGUAACAAAUAGCAAGAUAGAGGUUAUAAAGAAUAAAAGAAGAAGGUACCUUCUAAAGAAGAAGGCAUCAGGUAAUGCUGAAUUUACGUCGAACGGAAGGAAAAAGGAACACAAGCAACGGAAAAGAAAUACCUCUAGAAAACGGCGAAUCAGCGAAAAAUACAAGAAUGACAUGGACGAUGAAGAUAGAGAAGUGUCAAGGUCACGAUGUUGCACCGAUAAUCAAGCUGAGACCAGUUUUGGAGAUUCCGAUAUAAGACGUAGUGGUAAUCUCAUUCUCCCUCCAAUAUUCACUAAACUCUCACUUGAUAAUGAAAGGAACUCAAUAAAAGAUGUAGUAAACUAUAAUAAUUCAACUAAGUCAAAGUCAGGUAUUCUGAUGAAAAAGAUUCAUUUUCAGCAAGAUGAGAUGUCUGAUGAAGACCAAAGGUACGACUCUAUUGCACAAGCAAAGGUAAUAAAUGGGUUGAAACAAAUGCGUGAUCCGACAAAAGAACCCACACAUGCUGAUCAUCUAAGGGAAAAACAAGUUUUAAAUGAUGGACAAAAUCAUAGUUCAUGUACAGAAAUUGAUAUGGAAUGUGAGUAUACUAAGGCACAAAAAGUAGAGACAUUGGAACUGAAAGAGAAUAAUGGUACUAUGGGUGAUAAUGCCAAUAAUAUGCCAAUAAUGAGUAAUACUCAAUAUCAAUCAAAUUGCGCACAAACAUAUACAAAAGAACGCAAAGGAAAAGAUGAUCAUGAUGAUGAAUCAAUCAAAAGCUUGAGUGUUAAAAAGAAUGCCUACACGGAUGAAAAUAAAGAUUAUGCAUGUAUCACAUCUCGCCACACCCACAAAAAGAAAUCAUAUGCAGUAAAUAUAUUUGAAACUUUUGGCAAACCGUUUGAAAAUACUACAUUCCCUGUUCAACCAAUGUGUAUUGAAAAUCAAAUAAUGGAUACAAAUAAGUGCAAUGAGAGCAAAACUGGCUUUGACAAUGGUGAAUCGAAGAUGGAUACUGGACAGUUUGGAGCUUCAUCUGCUCUUAAAAACCAACUGGCUAUAAAUAAUUCCAACAUUGAUGCACUUAAAAGUGACAAAAGCAGCUCCGAUAAAAUAACAAAUCAAAAUAAAGAAUCAUUUGAAGAAGAAUAUCACAAUGAUAAAGUUCAAUCAGGAAAGCAUGGUACCGAGGAAUCAUGUAGUCAAUAUGAUCUAGUCAAGAACUUAUAUGACAUAGAAUAUGUGUCCAAAACCAAAUCUAUUUCAGUUACAUUACCAUCAUUGACUGAAACAAUAUCAUCAGUAACAUCUUCAUUAUCAUCAGCAUCGAACUUUUCCCUACUUAUGAAGACACCAUCCUUAGUCACUGUCCCAAAGUCGACAUCAAAUAUAUCACCAACAUUGUUAACAUCACAAAGUUUGUCAUCACCCAACGCAUCAUUACCAUGCUAUUCUAAAUCAGACUCAUCAUCUGUUUCAGGAGAGGAAUCAGAAAUAGAACAAACGGUUAAUUAUAAUGAUAUUGAAAACGUUUCUAAUCACACUUUAGAGUCUUUUGGAAAAGAGAGUCAAAGCGAAAUAGAUUUAAACACUACAAAAAUUGAUUCAAACAUGGAACGACAAAGAACAGAUUAUGACAAAAUGAAUGACGUGAUUAUCGUCAAAAAUAAAGAUGAACAUCAGAUAGAAACGUUAAAUUCGCAUUUUCUCGACAGUCUUCAUACAAACUACACAUGUGAUACAUGCGACAGGACAUUUCAAUGUAAAUCAACAUUAUCAGACCACAUGACCAUUCAUACUGGGCAAAUAAUACUGCAUAAAAAGGAUGAACAUGAAAUUGAUUUUAUAUCAGAAGGAAGUGAGAAUAUGAAUCCAAGAGAUAUUGAAGUGCAAGAAGCUCAUAAAGAAAUAAGAAAGCAAGAAGAAGAAGAAAAACUCUCUAUUUUCGAAAACCUUUGCCAAGGUAAAGGCUUUGAUAAAAUGCAUUUAAAUAUUUCUGCUCCGGUAGGGAAAAAUAACCCAAAGAAAAGGAAACGCGUUACGAGAAAAUAUGUAAUGGAGAAUCGGUCAAUAUUCCACUCGAAAAGACCUAGGCGAUUUUCUUGUUUGUUUUGUGGCAAAAAAUUUUGUAUGGAAGCAAGUAUGGAAAAACACAUCAGAUGGGAUCAUUUCACAGAAAUACACUCCGCGUGCUGCGUGUGUGGUGCCAAUGUCACAACAACAAAUCCAAACAUAAACAUUUCUGGAAUAAGAGGGAGUUUAAAUGGCAAUAUAUCAAAAAGGAAUGAUGGUGAUUGUACUUUUGGACCUAAAGCAAGCGAUUUUCAUUUGAACGAUGGAAAUGUUCACACAAAGAAAGAAGCUAUGUGUGAGAGGUGUAAGGAAUUGCUGCACGCCCAAUCAGAUUCCCAAUCUGACGUUUACGAAAAGAAUCAAGCUGAAAAUAUCAGCUCGUCAAAUGAGGUUUAUAAAGCAGAAAUUGAAAACAAUUAUGUUGAUAACGGGGGAACAGUUACAAACAAAAAUGCACAAGCGAGCUAAGUGAAAAAGUGAUCCCUUCUGACUGAAACACUGAAACUCGUAUCCUGACCAAACAUUAUGGUGAACAU